UCCCUAUUUGCAUCUUGUACGUGGCACGGCAAGAGGAACCAGAUGGGAAUAACUGUAGAUCUGCAGUCAGCAUCAGCGACGCUUUGAACGGCCGCGGCUGACUCUGGAUCUGCCCGUCACCUACCCCUGGCUGUCCAGUGACUCCCACCUCCGCUGCACAUUGAUUGACAAUCGUCCAUCAGUCCCCCAUAAGAAGAUGUUUGAAGACAGGGACGAGACCAAGGAGACGGACGGGAGCCUGCUGGGCGACCCAGGUCACACUCCCCCAGGGAAGAAGGGGCACGUGAAGUGGCAGAAGCCGCAGCUCACGCGCAAGGCGCUGCUGAAUUGCUGUCUGGUGAAACGGAUCCUCUCCCGCGCGGCGCCCCAGGGAUCAGACACCAGCGACAGCGACCUCGAACUUUCAUCUGUCCGGCACCAGCCAGAAGGGCUAGACCAGCUGCAGGAGCUGACCAAAUUCACCAAGAAGGAGCUGCAGUCCCUGUACAGGGGCUUCAAGAACGAAUGUCCCAGCGGCCUGGUAGACGAAGACACCUUCAAGCUGAUCUAUGCUCAGUUCUUCCCUCAGGGAGACGCCAGCAUGUACGCCCACUUCCUGUUCAACGCCUUUGAUGUGGACCGGAACGGAGCCAUCUGCUUCGAGGAUUUCGUCGUCGGCCUCUCCAUCUUGCUCCGUGGGACCGUGCACGAAAAGUUGAACUGGGCUUUUAACCUCUAUGAUAUUAACAAGGACGGCUACAUCACCAAGGAGGAGAUGCUGGCGAUCAUGAAGUCCAUUUACGACAUGAUGGGCCGCUACACGUACCCAAUCGUCAGGGACGAUGCCCCCGUAGAGCACGUGGAGAAGUUCUUCCAGAAAAUGGACAGAAAUCGGGACGGCGUGGUGACAAUCGAGGAGUUUUUAGAGACCUGUCUAAAGGACGAGAACAUCAUGAGCUCCAUGCAGCUGUUCGAGAAUGUGAUCUAGAAUGUGAUCUCGUCUCUCCCGCGCGGCUGCCUCCUGGCCUGCGCACAGACGGACGCCUCUGUCUAUCUCUCUCGUUAAGCACACACACAUCUUUAUGAGAAGAAAAACAAACUCUUUUUAUAUUUAAAAAAAAAAACAACAACAACAACAACAAAAUAAAUAAAAGAGGACGUGAUCAUGUUUGCUCCCAACACUGACCGGAUUCUCACUUGAAGGGCAAGAGGAGACAGAAAGAGAUUAGGUUUCAUGGGUUUGUCUGACCUAGCAGGGGGAUUGGCUAGCUCUCCCCUAGGAUAUAGCAAGGGAAUGCUGCACAGCAUCAAAUACCACCUGUGAGAAAGAGACCAGCCUCGUGGAUUAAGCUCAGCACUUCUCGCAUGGUAGUGGGAUGGAAAGGACGUUUGCAUGUGGGAGGUGGAGUUCUUCUCACUAGCACCAAGUGAGAACCUGGCAAUGAGGCAGUUACUGGGUUCCAUCAGGAAAAGGAGGGAGAGGCAGUUACUGAAGAAGAAAUAGAUCUCAGCUGGCACAAUUUGGCAUAACUCCAUGGACUUCAUACCCCCAUUGCGAAAUCUUCAACUGAACUCCAUCAAUUUUCACCAGCUGAGGACCCGCUCCUCACUUUUCCAUGUGCAGGCAGCUCCUGGGCCAAGAUCCUGGAACCUGAAUGAAGCAACAGAGGGUCCUGUGGCACCUUUGGGACUAACAGAAGUAUUGGGAGCAUAAGCUUUCGUGGGUAAGAACCUCACUUCUUCAGAUGCAAGUAAUGGAAAUCUCUAGAGGCAGGUAUAUAUCAGUGUGGAGAUAACGAGGUUAGUUCAAUCAGGGAGGGUGAGGUGCUCUGCUAGCAGUUGAGGUGUGAACACCAAGGGAGGAGAAACUGUUUCUGUAGUUGGAUAGCCAUUCACAGUCUUUACUGGAACCUGAAUGUGUCUUUACUGGAACCUGAAUGUGUCACAGUCUAUACUGGAACCUGAAUGUGUCUCAGCUGAGAGAGGACUGUCUGUGGAUGUCUGAACAGAAGACAUUACUGGCUGUUGGGAAUCAUCUCCAGAAUUUCAGUUCUAAAAGCACAAGAGCGUCCAUUCAAAGGCAGGUUCCACAUCGUGUGUGAAUGUUAGAGAGUGUACAGAGCCUUCUAGGUCCCCAGAGAAGGGAAGCAAAGGAAGAAGCUAGCACACCUUCUCUCCAAUCACAUUGAGAAUGAAUGUCCCUCCACCUGCAACUGUACGGGAGAACGAGGUAUCUUCACUCAGGAAACUGGAACUGGGGCGAUCUGCAACAAAGAAACAGGAUUUGAAUUUCCUGAAGCAGAAGUACAAGCACAAAUACCCUGGCGCUUCCAAACUGGAGGAAGAGAUGGGCCCGCGCUGCCACGUUUUGGAGCUGAAAUUUUCCAUCGUUUUCCACCGGUCCGUCAUUUCCAUCAGAUCUGGUUCAAAUAUCUAUUGACUGCACUUGAGGGUUAUGCUGGAAAACUGUUAUUCUGUGGGAUGGACAGUGUUGUGUAACCACGUUGGUCCCAGGGUGUGUGAGAGACAAGGUGGUUGAGGUACAACCUAUUAUAAGUCCAACUUCUGUUGGUGGAGAGGGCAAGCUUUUGAGGUACAUGGAGACAGAGGAAGAUAUUACCUCACCCAUCUUGUCUCUUCUGUGACACUGAAAGCUGACAGGCGGUGACUUACGAAUAUGCCCAAAGCUCCGUGCUGCAGUUGAAAGUCAAAUAGGGCGUGAAAUAUCACCUAUCUCUGGGGGAACGAUGACAAGGUUUGGUUUGAGGGACUGUUUUUUUGUUUUGUUUUUUUUAACAAGUGACUAUUUUUAGGCAUUACACAUGUUGUUUCCGGGACUGAGAUGAGAUCUGCCACUAGGCGAACAAGUCUUGAAAGAGGCCAGAGAGUUGGAAAAGCCAGCUGGAAAUCAGCGCAUGUAGGGCUAGACAAGUCACCGGUCAUCGGGUUUGGUAGGGAAAAGAGGAGGUAGGUUGGUAGCUCUGCAACCAAGAGGGUGUCAUCCUCAAGAUCCAAGUCAGGGAUAAGUCAGUACAGUCCCUAAUGAGGAACUUUCUAAGUAGCUGGAUGCUCCAUCUCACUGGGAUUUCCUGUUGGCCAUGUCAGAGUCACAGAGCCGUGGGGCUAUCUGUUUCCAUGCCAGUAGAAAUCCCCUAGAUGAGGUGCCCUAGAGAAACAACAAGGAGUCUGGUGGCACCUUAAAGACUAACAAAUUUAUUUGGGCAUAAGCUUUCGUGAGUAAAAACCUCACUUUCCCCUUUCAGUUCCUUUAGUAACCUUGGAUGGGUCUGGUUAUUGAAUGACCCUGCCUCGCUGGGGGUGGAACAGUCUCUGGUUAGAAGAGCACCAAGCCUGAGAAAUAGUCUCUGGAUCUGCAGUGGGGAAGAGUCCACCAAACACGUUGGGGAAGAGAAGGUGUCCUGGUGGAAGUUGUCACCGAUGCUUAAACUAGUGCAGGCUCUGCCUUUUUCUCCCAGGCCUUCCCCUCGGAUACAACCUGAUCCACCUUUACCCCCCACUACCCCCAAGUCCAGCCUCACUUCCCAGAUCUGAACUAGCACUAGGAUCCAGACUUUUAACCACUCAGACUCAGUCCUCAUCUUCCUCUCAACCUCUCUCAGUGCCCAAAGGCCCAGAUCAGUCUGUUUCUGUCUCCCACUGCCAAGAAGGCUCUGAAUUCCGGCCGUCUCUCCCUCUCCUCUAUCCUAAGCCCUCUCCCGGAGGCUGUGAGUUUGCACUCGAUACUUCCUGACAUAUGUAAGUAUAAGGAAUGGCCGCAUGUCUCACUAGCAGUAGCCUUUACUCCAGUGCCCCUAAUCUCACGCCCACCCUCUCAGCACAACCUGGGGAGACAGUCGUCGGUUCCUGUUCUCUGUAACUACUUGAUAUUCAGUCACUGUAUAUUUUAAUAAAAUAAACUUA